AUGGAGGCACUAGACGAGAUACAAUGGAAAUCACCUGAAUUCAUUCAGGAGAGAGGAUUAAACACAGCAAAUGUCUUGGAGUACUUUGCUCUCUCUCCCUUUUAUGACCGUACGUCAAACAAUCAAGUGUUGAUGAUGCAGUUUCAAUAUCAACAAAUUCAAAUCCCAGUACACGUAUCAUUCCACCAGUAUUUUCAAUCACGGUUGUCGGAAAUGACAGGAAUCGAGUUUGUCAUAGCUUUUGUCAAGGAGCCCGACUUUUGGAUUAUACGCAAACAGAAACGAUUAAAUCAACUGAGUGCAAUUACGCUACAGGACUAUUACAUCAUUGGUGCAAACAUAUACCAAGCACCAAAGGUGUACGACGUGUUGUCAUCAAGAUUACUUGCAACUGUCUUGUCGUUGAAGCUGUCAAUAGAUACAUUAAACAACAUGACAAGUUAUCAUAUUUCCGAUGGCGCUCAUUCAUUCAAUAACUCGAUCCAUGGCAACGCCAAGAAUACAAGUGUCAACACACCAGGUCAAGCGAAUGCAGAUCCUACCCCAAUCAGUAACUUAGAGACUCCGAUAGCGAUGACGGAUAGUCCCGCAAUUGAUGCCCCCACUAGCAGCAUAAUAUCAACCCCAACUCAAUCAACCUCUACAAUACCAACUUCAGCAUUUGAUACGCUAUUAACAGAAGUAAUCAACAAUUCUACAAAUAAAAAUUAUUUAGAAGACAUUCCAUUAUACGGAAAGGGAAGUACUUUAGAAUCACUAGGUAUGAAAUCUAAUCUUACAUAG